AUGGAGUCCGAGACCUCCAACGGCGUCGUGAUCGAGAACGGUGAAGACGCAUAUUCGCACAAGACCAAGCAAAACUAUAUGGAAGAACAAGAUGUGACACUCUACAGCGUUUUCAACAGUUUCAUAUCAUCGGCUUUCUUUCCCAAUCCGGACUCAAGCUAUGCAUCCAUGCCUUUUGUGCAGCGAAUCAAAGCUGCACUCUCCGUGAAUGUUCCUUUGCUUCGCGAGGCUUCACGGAACACCGGACAUAAUGUUCUUCUGUGGACUCGCCGUGGCAGUCCUCUCCGAGCCCUCCUUGUUGUAUCUGUUGGGACUGUCACUCUUCUGAGCUUGACAGGAUUGCUAGUCUUCAUGCUUUUCUUUCUGGCAGCAACUGUCAAUGCCGUUAUAAUCUCUCUUUUCAUGUCUUUAGCCGCAGCAGGGGGCUUCUUGGCUUUUUUCUUUGCCUGUGUGACGGCCAUCUAUAUUGGGGCAGUAUGCGUAGCUGCGUUUUUUAUUUCCACUGCUACCAUUUCAGCAAUUAUAGCUGCUCUAAUAGCUGCAGGUUGGAUGGGCUUCUUUUUUACCGUGUGGUUAGCAGCAACGAAGAGCGUGCAUCUUGCAAAGCAUUCGUUGAGCAUUACUGGAUCUGCUGUUUCAGCUUACUCUUCUGCUUGGCAUACUCACCGCCGUCCUGAACCAACCAAAGUUUCAGAUUAA